GCCUCUUGCAAGCUGGGGGCGUGAACCUAUAGGUCAGUAGCUGUAACAUAUAAGUGUGAUUUUUGAUCAUUUCACACCGAAACGUUUCGCGCUAAAUACGAGUCUGAUUACGUUACGCACUGUCGGAGAUCGAAGAUAUGGGCCAGUGUAGUUCAAUGACAUCCGAGCAAGUUCACGAACAAUUUUACGAGAUCACGUCACGUACGACUAUAAAGUUGACGGAGAAACGGAUUACUGGCAUUUCCCGUGCGAAAUCGCGCUCGGAGAUCUCACAGAAUGAAACUAGAGAGGAGACGCCGUCGGAGAGACGGCGGUGCGGGUGUUGUAGUCACGAUGACUGCUCUGGACUGGUUUUUGUGGCGGAUCCAACUGGCGGGGUAUGGAUAGAUAAAACGCUGGAAAGACAAAGAUAAGAUCGCUGCUGGUGGAUAUUACUGGCUCUCUAUUGUCGGAGGAAGUUUUGUUUCUUCCUGAAAUCCAUCCCGAGAAUGUGAAGGUGAUGAUCGUGGGCAUUAAUGCAGUCUUGAUGUAUCUGGAGGGAAGGCUCGGGAUGUUAGCCUAUUAUAAGAAGGCUCCGUGAAGGGCCGAGAGAAACUGUCAGUUUGCUGAAAUCAUUUCAGUGAAAUGGAAGUUCUAUAAUAUAUUUAUUUGAUCUUUCUUUCUUUCUUUCUUUCGUCAGAAACAGUUUCUGGCUAUUUUAAAGCAUUCUGCUUAUGGCAUGACGUUGUCCAAUUUACGUCAUCAGCUGAUGAAUGUAAUGGAAAUGGUGCUAUGAGGCCAUUCAUUAUAGUAUUAUUUUUCAUUUAUUUAAUGUGGUUUAGCCUCAGGGUAACAACAGUUUUAACUGGGACUCUUUUUUUCUUCUUACAUUUUUUCUUCAAGUUAUGGAAAGUAAUGGAUGUGAAACACUUAUUUCAAGAGCACAGAUUUUAAAAGCUGUACUGUCUGGGUAAACUGAAUUCAUCUUAUAUGAAAUGUCACAUACCAUGACACUUGUUUGAAAAUUCCACAAAGUUAUGGUUUAUAUGGUUAAAAAUAUAUAUUUGAUGCAUGUUUUUGUAAAAAAAAAAAACUUCCCAAGACUUCCUAGCAUAUCAUUUGGGAGGUGUCCUGUCCUUUGACCCCACAAUCACACAGCUCUAUACAGAUAAGCCAGAUAUAAUACAUUACUGAGUAACAAAGACAACAUCCUAGGUAAACUCACAUUUGCUGUAAAGACAGUGACCAACAUUUGUUUUUGUGAACAUUCAUAAUGGGCCAUACGGGAUCCAGGCACAAACCUGACGCACGUAUUCUCCUCCUAGGCCUCGACGGAGCUGGCAAAUCAUCUCUACUUUACAAACUUAAAUACAACGAAGACUUCCACACAGUUCCUACAGUGGGAUUCAACGUAGAAAUGAUUGACGCGAAGAAAAACAGAGAGAAAAUUGCCCUGACCGUGUGGGACGUUGGUGGCCAGAUUAAGAUGCGAGCGCACUGGAGGAAUUUCUAUCAAGACACAGCUGGAAUCGUGUUUGUUGUGGACUCGUCUGAUGUCAAGCGAUUGGACGAGGCCAAAAGAGUGCUGGAACAGACCUUAAAGAGCGACCACCUCAAGGGACUGCCUGUGGUAGUUCUUGCCAACAAGCAGGAAAUUGAAGGAGCUGCGACAGUAAUGGAGAUCACAGAGCAGUUUAAUUUGAGAAAGAGUUGUAGUGACCGAGACUGGUUCAUUCAGCCUUGUUCGGCGUUGACUGGAGCAGGUCUGGUGGAUGGCUUUAGAAGAAUGGCGCACCUGGUGAAAAUGACACCAGAGGACAGUAACAUCAAAGAGACUGUGAAACACAUACGAUCAAAAUCUACAAUGUUAAUGAAAAAGUAGCCCAUU